AUGGCAACAGCUAAACGCAAGCAAGAAGAAUUAGGAGAGGAAUGCGACGACCAAGAGCCACACGAUAACGAUCCUUGUAGUGACGAUGACGACGCUAAGCGGCCAAGGCUCGACCUCCACCAUCAGCACAUGACUCAUCACCAGCUGCCUCAUCACCGCCAGAAUAUCAAUGAAGCUAAGUAUUUAGGCAGUGAACGCACUGAUAAUAAUAUUUAUUCAAAUUUCGGAAUGUACCCAGAGUAUAUUGUACCUAGAACAUUCUGCAAGGAAUCUGUUAGCGAAGAUACUCCUUGUGAUCUAUCAAAUUGGCAGAGGAUGAAAGAAUAUGAGCAGACAGUCGAGAACGAGAGAGAUGCGGCGAACGCUAGUGAAGUUGAGAGUGAACAAGAAACAUUUCAUAAUGGUGACAAUUUGAAUAAUGACGAUGUACAGCAACCUAUAAAUUUCGCGUACUACCAUUUUUAA